GCCCCCUGUGCCUGAACAGGAAACAGGCUGCUGAUUCCUGAAAAACUACAGAUAUGACAGGGGCCAAGACUUGGAUAACCUGCUUACUCCUGAUAUUACUCUUUAUCUGGAUGGGAUCAGCCAGCAGACCUGGAGAGGUUGUUUUAUGGACAGGAAAGUUUAUCUUCCUCAUCUCUGUCCUCACUCUUAUAAUAUCUUUUGUGACACCAUGGAUUUCUUCCUUUCGUCGAUCAAGAAAAUCCCAUAUGGGAUUGUCAGUCCCGGAAGGUGACAUGGAGCAGCAGCAGAAGCUUGUCAGAAUAGAGCAACAGGAACAAUUGAAGCAAAAGGCAAGCUAUUAUGUGGAGAAUAUUAUGAAGCCACGUGAAGAAUCAAGACUCAAACGGAAAAUGGAGCAUUUUUACAGGAUGACAGGUCAAAGUUGGAAAUUAACAGAAGGUCACAUGCUUGGGGAUGGGGAAGGCCAUGAUUCAUUGAAUAACUGUGAUGCGACUGAUAAAGCUGCUGAAACUCCAAAUAAUGAAGCUCUAAGGAAAAGGAAACUUCCAGAGCAAGCUACUAAGCCUAUACCUAAACUAGAACCACCGCCUCCUAAGAAGAUCAUUACUUUGCCUGAAGAACCUAAUGAACCUGGAGAAGGAGUGAUAAGCGUUGCAUUAAGGUGUCCAAGUGGACGUGUUUUUAGGAGGAGGUUUUACAAAUCCUGCUGCUCCUUGGUGUUGCAAGACUGGAUGAUGAAACUUGGAUACCACUCGGUCUUCUAUGCUCUUUACACAUCAUCUCCAAGGUGUCAAGUAGAACUAAAAACAGAACUGUCAAUAGAAAAUAUUGGUAUUAUAAAAGAUACAUUAUUAAAUAUCGAGCAAAACUAUUCAUAACAACUUAAAAUGAAUACG